GCUAGGCUGGAAGCGCUGGACCUGCGAGGUGUGUGCUGGCGGGUUGAACGGUGAGAGGCUCGGCGGCCAUGGCUCCCAACGUUCCCGCGGCCGAACCGGCCCCAGAGUGCCCUAAAGGCAUACGGGCCGUGCUGCUGGGACCGCCCGGAGCCGGCAAGGGUACCCAGGCACCCAAAUUGGCUGAAAACUUCUGUGUCUGCCAUUUGGCUACUGGGGACAUGCUGAGGGCCAUGGUGGCUUCUGGCUCAGAACUGGGAAAAAAGCUGAAGGCAACUAUGGAUGCCGGGAAACUGGUGAGCGACGAAAUGGUAGUGGAGCUCAUUGAGAAGAAUUUGGAGACCCCUCAGUGCAAAAAUGGUUUUCUUCUAGAUGGCUUCCCUCGGACUGUGAGGCAGGCAGAAAUGCUUGACAGCCUCAUGGAGAAGAGGAAAGAGAAGCUUGACUCGGUGGUUGAAUUCAGCAUCCCAGACUCUCUGCUCAUCCGAAGAAUCACAGGAAGGCUGAUUCACCCCCUGAGUGGCCGUUCCUACCACGAGGAAUUCAACCCCCCAAAGGAACCCAUGAAAGAUGAUAUCACUGGGGAACCCUUGGUCCGCCGAUCAGAUGAUAAUGAGAAGGCCUUGAAAAUUCGCCUGGAGGCCUACCACACUCAGACCACCCCACUGGUGGAGUAUUACAGUAAACGAGGGAUCCACUCUACCAUCGACGCCACCCAGACCCCCGAUGUCGUGUUCGCCAGCAUCCUAGCGGCCUUCUCCAAAGCCACAUACUGUCUUCUGAACAUUCAGGCUGGGCAUCUGAGAACAGCCAGUUCACUUCCCAAAGAGAGACCAGGGUAGGUUUGUUUGUUUUCAUUUUUAAUGUUCGCCUCAGUUUCCAAGUAUGAACAAAACAGUAAUUUGGAGGUGAUCUAUUCUUGGCCUCGUUUUUAUUAGAAUUUACUCAAACCUAGUCUCUCCAGGAUAUGAAACCCAAAUCAGAUGUGUCCCUUUUAAACUCAAACUCUCUCCCCUCCAGAUCUAAUCCUUCACCCCUGACUUCAUGAUGGUGGUAGCCACAAACUCCCCAAGAAAAGAUCACCCAAAAAUAAGACCACCUAUGACAGUAACCAACUUGUAUUCCUAACUUCAGCUUCUCAUCUAUCAAGCAUUUCCUGAGGUCCAUGCUGUGCCUCUUGAGCUCUGGUUUGAUUUGUGCAGACAGAUGAAUUCAUAGACUGUUAGGGGCCACAAAACAGUGGCCUCUGGAAAAGCCAUUGGAAAACCAGGGGCAGGUCCAGUAUAUAAUGCCACCUGCCCCCGCAUAAUCUGCCGACUUGGUGCGUUGGGCUCUAGAGUCCCCGUCCCCAUCUGACCUGAGUCUCCUGCUGUCUGUGGAACUGUCAGAGGGCUUGUCCCCUGUCCAUCUGGAAGCUGGGCAUGGGUAUGUGGCCAUCUUGCUUCCCUUUUGUCUGGUUCAAGUGAGUGCCUGCUAGCUGUGCUCUGCCUUGUUUCCCUGGCUGUCACCUAACCCCACCCAUUCAGAACAGAAACCUAGUCUGUCACGGGGCAUUUCUGGGAAGCAUAUGACUUCAAGGAAGAGGAGUGAAACCAAAACUAUGAGCUGUGUCUGCAGGGGCCUGGAGUCCUCUGGGUGAGGGUGGCCUCAUAGGCCUUGGAGUUGAUUCCCCUUUCACUGGGGACAGUUGCAGGCACUCGGCCUCAAAGUUGAGGUCUUUGAAUGUUUGCUAAUUGGAUGUGCAUGAUCCUUGCUCAAAUAUUUGUCACCCAUCCGUAUACAUUCACAUGUGCAUAUUUGGGCUGCUGAUGAAACUAGAUCCUGUGGGACACAUAUGCCCUCUUGGGGGUGGUUAGGAUUUAGAGUUUUGCUUCCUUUAAUUACAGAGCCUUAACCUCGGCAGGCAUGAGAGCUUUCUCCUGACAGAAAUGUCCAGUGUUUGAUGCAUUUGGUUGCUGGGGCAUGCAUGCCAGCCUUCCCUGAUAUUUACUUGGUUUUUAAAAACCCAUUUUGUUCUCUCUUGUUUCCUCU